AUGGCAGUCGAUCCUGAAGAGCUCCUUUUACGACCAUUGCGGGAUGUGGUCGCCCUGGGGACCACCGCCGUUGCCAAUGCCUCCACUUCCCAUGCCGAUCCCAUGCUCCGGGCCGCCCAGGCCCUGGUUCGCGAAGGCGAGCGCGCGCUCAAAAAGGUGCAAUUGGUGUGGAACGAGCAAGUAGAAAAACAUGGCGACGCCUUCAAGCAAGUCAUGGUUCAGCAGUCUUCGAUCGAGAAGAGGCGACUGCACAUCGAAGACCUCCUAUGGGACUUUGAUGAUGUCACCCAACCAGACGAAUUCGAUCAGGACCGGUAUUCCGCUCUCCAGUCAGCCACCAAGGCACUUGCCCUCGACAUCGUAGAAAACGCGAAGCGCCUGAAGCUGGAUACCUCAGAACCUCCACCGAUACCUCUCGGCGGAUUCCCUCCGCUGCCUCCUAUCCCUUCCAAUCGACCUGAUUCACGGACUGGCUUCGUCCAGCGACCGCAAUCUGCCCGCUCUGUCCGUCCUAGGACCUUGUCCAGGUCGGAUCUCCCUCGGAGAGGCACUACUUCCUCCUCACAUGGGUCUGUGGGAGCCGCAGAGAGAAGAGGACAGACCACGCCACGCUAUAGUGACACACCUCAAGACCCGUGUUUAUUUGAUGUUAGACAUCAGGCGCUUCACGCACUUUCGCCAAGUUCGGACGAUCUCUCCGGCCGGCCGGGUAGUCCAAGGACAGAUGCACAAGCCGCAGCGACGGCAAAGAUCGAUUGGGGUUCAACUCCAGUCGCCUGGAAUUCCCACCAGCAACCGAAUACCGGCGGCACUUCUCACGAUGUACUCACGCCGCCAUCAUCUCCGGGAACUGCGCCCUUUUCAGCACGAUUCCGUGAUCUCAACCUGGACACCUCAGUACGCCCCACCCACCUCCGUGAUUCGGUCCCGACACCGGGCACACCAAACAAUCGGGGGUCGGUCGUUUCCAAAACCAGCAGUAUAACCUCGUCAUCCGCAUUGCUGGGCAGUCUGGACUCGCUCGUCAUCGCCGAUGAGACGAGCCAAGGCAACCCCCAGCCGACCGCCACACAGCUCGCAAAGGUCAACACGUAUGAAACCGCGUCUAGCCGCGCCGUGAGCGAGGAGGAACCGGCAUUAGUAGGGUUCGCGGAUUUCCUCAAGGAACCUGGCGAGGGCGCUGAGCAGCGGAGAUCUCAGAAUAGAAACUCCCGUCCCGCAGAGACAGCUAUUCAAGAGGACAGCACAUAUCUGAAGCUCAAGGGGCUUUGCAAGGGCGCUGUUAGAUUCCGAAAGGAUGGCCACUGGGGCAGUAUCAAGCUUACUACCGAGUACGAUUAUGGUGGGGGCGACGCCAUGAGCGGUGGUGGAGACAUGUUGAGGGCAUCUGACGGCAUCGUGAUUCCGCUCCAGUAUGAGGUCGUGGCAAAGGUCGGCGCAUGCGGCGAUUGCGGGUACGCCCACCAACUGGAGGAGGUGAAGCUUGACAAGAGCGAUAGACCUGACGGAGUCCGUACCUCAGAGUGUGGAGCCCGCUACCGCCUACGACUGUUGUUCAAGGCCCAUCUUAAGGAGGGAAUCAGUGCAGAAUCCUGCUACGCCUGUCUGUGGUGUGUGCAGGCCGGCGCUACGGUUCGAGAAGGGGAUGCCACUGUUUUCCGCUCCGCCGACGAUCUCCUUCGCCAUCUGGCUCGCCAUCCACAACCGCUUCCGCAUGUCAAAGGCGUUUCGGUACGCUAUGGCCCGCUAGCAGAAUCCGACACGCACGAUUUCGAUCUACAUCUGCCCGACGCCCCCAUCCCGGUGCCUAUGCCGGAUAACGUAGGUAGGCUGGCAACGGCAACCGCAACGAGGGACCAUUACCGGCGAUCCGGACGGGGCAAACUAGAUAAGCCUCCUCACUAUGACGGCGAGAUGCUCGAGUUUAUGCAAGGUGCGCGGAUUGUGGGCGUCAUAUUUCCCGAGAAGUGGGGCGGCAAAUGGUGUUUGGGGAGGCACGACGGCAUGUUUGGAGCUUUUCCAACAAAGGUUGUCGAGAUCAGGCCUCCGCAGGCAAACGAGGUGCCCAUGGGCGGCGAGAGUGGCAUGAGUGUGACAACAAGGUGGAAGUGGCAGCCACCUAGCACUGGGGAUACCCCGUGGCUUUCGUUUGGCAAGGGCGAGGUCAUCACGAAUGUCCAAUCGCUCUACGCUGACCACUGGUGUUGGUCUGGGACAAAUAGCAAAGGGAAGACAGGCGUAUUCCCCCAAUCGCAUAUUGACUUGCAGACACUAAGGGGGCAAGACGCCGAGGGGAGCAAGAAGAAGAGCCGGGGUAGAGGCUUCUUCGGGUACCGAUCCAAUAGCACGUCCGAACCGUCCACUUCCAAAGGGAACAGGAAUUCACUUCUCCAAUAG